GAAGACGUCGUUUGAGGUGGAUUACGUACUAGAAAACGGAAGAUUUUUUUCAACGGAAAAUCAAAAAUUGAACGGGGUGUAUACACGUUAGUACUUACAAAUAUAUUAAAGAAGUCGGCCAUGAUAGAUAAUAAUUGUGGUGCAUUGUGGUGCCACCUGUCCGUACGUUAUAUAAUAACCAACUUAUACCGCGACCUUCUUGUACAGAUUCAUUUUCUUUUGUGUGAUAGCCUAGCGGUCGGUACACUCUGCGCUUUCUACAGAUUUUCGCAUGUUUGUCCCCUGUGUUUGUCAGGUCUGAGAAAAGAUGGGAGAGAGGUAAGAGUGUUCCGUGGGUUAGGUAUGUGGUCGUUUGCUUGUGUUUUAUAAUAACGUGAGUGUCGUAUAAAAAUAAGUAAAUACUUUUUUAUAAUUAAAUUUAGUGAACAUUUAAACAUUUUAAAUUAUAUCGGCGAAAUGUCAGGAGGAAACAGCCCAACACUAUUAAAUUUACGUGACUACCGUAUUAAUAAAAAGAAGACGAUGUUAGACCAUGGUAAUAACAGCGACUCUGUGAAAUCUCCGGCAAAUGGAUCUGUGAGACGACGGAUCAUUGCGUUGUCAGAUUCUGAUUCAGACUGUGAUACUUCAAGUACCAAUUCUCAAAGUGGUGAGAACCGAAAGAAUCAUACCGUCAUAAUUUCACGCUGCAAAGGCAUGAAAAACCCAAUAGUUUUGGAAAAAGAAAGCCAAAUGAAAUAUUUAAUGUCAUCAUUCCCAACUGUUGAUGCAAUGAUAAUUCAUGAUGUGUUGUCGAGACAUGAUUUUGAAGUAGAUGAAGCUGCAUCUGAAUUGUCAAGAUGUCAUGCUAUAGAACUAAAAUCUGAAAAUUAUGCCAAGUGGAAAGAACAGAAUGGGUUAAGUGUCGAAGAUAAACCUAAUUAUUUAAAAAGGAAAACACCACCAUCAGACGACGCUUCUUAUAAUAAAAAGAAAAAAUUUAAGAGACGGAAAUCUGGAGAUGAUACUGAUGAUAGCACAGGAAGUAACCAUGAUUUUAAAGACAGACGUGUUUUUGAUAGUGAUGAAGAUUCUGAUGUUGAGAUAAGUGAUGAGCUGACAGGUGACAAGAAGAAGGUGUUUGAAUUCAUGCAAACGGCCACAGAAGCAGAGUUACAGUUAAUGAGUUUUUGUUCAAAAAAGAAAGCUGAAGCAAUAAUUGAAGCAAGACCCUUUGCUGGUUGGGUGGAUUUAGUUGAAAAACUCAGUAACAAUAAAAACCUAAACACUGAUUUGUUGAAUGCAGCACAACAAGUACUUAUGACACGAAAUAAUAUUAGACAUUUGAUGAAGAAGUGUACAAAUUUGGCCCAACAAAUGGAAAAAGCAGUGGCAGCUGGAGCUGGUGUUAAAACUCAACCAAGGAUUUUAUCUAUGUCAUUGCGACUGACGAGUUAUCAAAUGGUUGGCUUAAAUUGGCUGGCAGUUCUCCAUGCUCAACGUGUAAAUGGUAUUUUGGCCGACGAAAUGGGUCUUGGGAAGACUGUACAAGUUAUAGCUUUUUUGGCAUAUUUGAAAGAAACAUUCCAAGCCCAAAAUACUCAUCUUGUGGUUGUACCGUCUUCAACGCUAGAGAAUUGGAGAUCUGAAUUUGCCAGAUGGUGUCCAGAACUCCGUGUUUUUAUGUAUUAUGGUAGUACUGAAGAAAGAAAGAUGUUCCGAGUGGAUUUUUCAAAGGGAAUAUUAGCAGAUUUUGAUGUAAUAUUGACAACGUAUAAUCUAGUGGCAAAUAGUCCAGAAGAAAGAAAAAUGUUCCGUGUAACUCCAGUGCAUUACGUAAUUUUCGAUGAAGCACAUAUGUUGAAGAAUAUGAAUACGCAACGAUAUGAGAAUUUAAUCCGGAUAAAUGCUAAACAUAGAAUCUUGUUGACAGGAACACCACUACAAAACAACUUGCUUGAGUUGAUGUCUUUAUUGAUUUUUGUUAUGCCAAAGAUGUUUGCAGAAAAAACCGAUGAUCUUAAGAGCCUUUUCCAGAAGACAUCUAAAUCCAAGCAAAUGGAUGACUCUUUGCCCGCGUUUGAAAGAGAACAAAUUGAACAAGCCAAACGUAUUAUGAAACCCUUUGUUCUACGACGUUUAAAAUCCGACGUCUUACAAGAUCUGCCCAAGAAAAUUGACCAUGUUAUGAAAGUACCACUGGCACCCACCCAGAAAGAACAGUAUGAAGCUUUAGUUGCGUCUUAUCAAAAUGUCACGGUUAAUGAACAAGGUACAUACAAUGGUAUGAGUAUUAUGACAGAUUUGAGAAAAUUGAGCAAUCAUCCACUGCUGUUGCGGUAUCAUUAUGAUGAAUAUCAAGUAAAAGAAAUUGCUAAACUUCUAGCUAAAGAACCAAAUUACAAGGAUACCGUUGCGGAGUACAUCGUUGAAGAUUUAUUGUUUAUGUCAGACUUUGAAAUCAACAAACUAGCAAAACUUUAUAGGAGUUUGGAACGCUAUAUACUUCCAGAUAAUUUGAUUUUAACAUCGGGAAAAUUUUUAUAUUUAGAUAAAGUUCUAGCAGAAUUAAAACAACAUGGACACAGGGUUCUUAUUUUUAGUCAAUAUGUAAUUAUGCUAAACGUAAUGGAAGACUAUCUUAAAAUACGAAACCAUAAUUAUCUGAGAAUGGAUGGCAGCACUCCCGUCACUGAAAGACAAGAACUUGUGGACGAGUAUAUGGAAGACAGUAGUAUAUUCAUUUUUUUGUUAUCAACAAGAGCAGGAGGAUUAGGAAUUAAUUUAACUUCGGCAGAUACUGUGAUUAUACAUGACAUCGACUUUAAUCCGUAUAAUGACAAACAAGCCGAAGAUAGAUGUCACAGAAUGGGGCAAACUCGACCAGUAACAGUAUAUAGACUUAUUUCUCAGGGUACUAUAGAAGAAGGGAUGUUGGAAAUGAACAAAGAAAAACUAAAACUGGAGAAACAAAUAACAGCGGAAGAAUCAGAUAAUCCAGACGUUAAAAGUGUUGUAAGAUUACUUUCAUCAGCCUUAGGAAUCGAUGGUUCAAAAGCAAACACACUUGUAUCUCCAUCAAAGAAGAAAACGUGAAACUAUUUAAUUUAUUAGCAAGUUCGUCAUCACCCAGAAUUGCAUUUUAUGUAGUUAGUUACUGUAUUAUGGAUCACUCAUAUUAAUAUAUAUUUUCUGUAAACAAA